CGUACAACUGCGACACCAUAAUUUAAGAACGAACAAAAAAAUAUUCCCCCCUUUUUCCUUCCCAACCCCUUCUUCUUACACUCCAGCGUUGUUGUUAAAUCGAAAUCGUUUUAUCGUACAUCAGUAGCCUAAAGCAGAUGUCACUCUCAGCUGAUGAGGCUGCGUGUUCUAUCUAUGCGUUAACUGUCACACCUGAGAACAAGGCAAUUGCAAUGAAGCAGUUGAAGGAUGCGAAGCUCGAGCCUGUAGUCUUCAGAACUGGGGAUCCGACACUUGCAUUUGCCGUAUCCACAAAAAAGGUGGCGCUGGAACCUUUGCGCUAUCAUCGACUGAUUGCUGAGGAUUCUGCCGGCGAUGUGACUGACGAUGCAAGCUGCAACAGUGAGACCGAGAGCGUGAACAAUGAUUCGAGCGAUAGCCAGCCGACGCGGUUCAAGAGUUACAAGCGUUCCCGGGUCAUUGAGUUGGUGUCUAAUAUUUUUGUUGAACACCACAUUGAGGGCCUUACGGACCAGCGAUUCCUUAACGAAGAUGAGGUCGCCGAAAUCAUCAUGCCGCUGCUUCCAGAUGCGAACCUUACAACAAGUAUUCUCGCCGAGUACAUGGCGAAAGAUGGUCGCUGGGGGACCACAAGGAGGAAGCGUAUGGAAUAUGGUCGAAAGCAUGGAGUUUCUAUAAUGUGGUGAAGGAGGAGCACAGAGGUAAACCAUAGAAACAUUAUUUAAAGUAUAUCAUCCAUACCUUUCAUCAAAAAGAUACCUCCCCCAUUGAUAUUUUAAAUAACAAUAUAAAAAAUAUAAAAAAUAAAUAAUAUUUAAAAUUAUAAAAUAAACUAAAUUGACU